AUGGUUCUGGUCACUUUUGCUUUAAUUUUUCUUCUGUACAAGCGCGUUCUAACCGAAGUUUGCAUCAAAUCUGUUUUUUUACAUUCGUUGAAGCCGCUGAAUCCAUCCAGCAAGCUAUUUUGCGUCGUUCGCAGAAACGGAGAAAUUCAGUCGGUUUUAACAAUGGUUUCUGUUAAAGAAAAUGUGCUCGGUGUUUCGAAUAACGCAUUUAUCACGUCAAGUCGUUUUGAGAAAUAUGUUCCAGCUCGAUAUGCCCUUGUUUCUUCAUCACAGGUUGGGACAGUCGAAAUCCUGGACGACGACAAUGAUCAAGCAGUGGUGGCAUUUCAAUAUCCAGUUUCAGUGCUAUCGGAUCAGUGCAGCGGAACUUCACCACUUUGUUAG